UGUUAUUGAUAUGGCAACAUUGUGUAAAGCAGCCAUUUUGUGGUGUCCCAGUAUAGUUGCGUGGUCUUCUUAAUUUUCGUCUAUUUUACAUGGAAGUAUUACUUUUUGUUAUGAUUUGAAAUCUAAUCUUGUAUAUUUAAUUUGAAAAGUUUGUUUACAAACUAUAACUAUGUCCGUGAUGGAACAAGAGGUGGAAAGCGGGUACAGAGUCGUUUGCUGUACCUGUUUGAGCACAGAUCGGAAUUUAAUAUCCAUAAAUGGCCUAGCUCCAGUGUAUCAAAUAUUUCGUCUGCUUAUGUACGAUUUUGCGGGAGACAGGUUUGAUAACAGCCUGUCUGCAAUGGAGCAGAUAAUCUGCUGGGAGUGCCUGGCGAUGAUGAAGAAGUUUAUAAAAUUCAAGAGGCAGGUUCACAGUGCACAGGAGCACAUCCGGGUCCUAGCAUUGAGUGGCUCACAAGAGACCAUGGAUCACACCUACAUGUCCCAAUCUCUCUCAAGCUUGGAAGUCACCACGAAGACUGAAUACGACAGUAUAUUCUUCGACUACACGACUCGGGACGAGUGGCCGCAGUAUAUAGCCAUCAGCUCGGCACAGAGUGUGAAGCAUGAACAAUAUGAUGUGGCUCAGGCGGUUAGAGAGAAUAUCAAUUUGGAGAUGGAUGGGCAUAUGCUUGAAGUGCCCGAGAUAGUCUUAGAGAAUCCGGUGACGGGUGUGAUGUCCCAUAUCGUGGUCGGAGCCGAUGACCUGACCCGCAUUGAGACCUACCGCAUGAAAGGGGAGCUAGAGGACCUUAACAUAGAAACAAUUCAGUCGCCGCCGAAAAUCGAGGCAGUGAUAAUAUCAAAACCAGUUAAGGCGAAAGAGGAGAAAACUGCAGCGCAGAAGCUGAAAUACUUCACGGAGUUUAUGAGUGAAGAUGAAAUGCUCGCUUCAAGGGAGGAAGCUAAAGAGAAAGUACAAUACGCCAGCUCGGUGUACAAAUGCGAACUCUGCAUCAUAGGGUUCUAUACACAACAGCAGGUCGAAGACCACUUCGUGUCUGACCACAGGGCGAAACUCGGCUACUCCCCUUGCAAAGUGUGCUACAAAUACGUGGAGGAAUCCAAACUCCAGUCCCACAUAGAGACACACUACUUACGCCACAUCUGCAAGCUGUGCGGGCACGCCACGCGGCUGGUGGCCGCCAUGCAGGCGCACCAGGACACGCACAUAGCCAAGCCGUCGGCACAACAAGUUGUCAUCGGGGGCACAGAGCAGAGGAAGAAUCGUAAGAAAAAAGAGCCUCCAUCGAAUCCGCCCAAGCCAGGGGACCUGCGGAAACUGUUGUCUAAAACCACCAUAGAGGGCUACCAGUGUCUCGAGUGUGACAUGUUCUUCAAGAAUUCCCGCGCUCGUAAGAAUCACGUGGCCCGCUUCCACAGAGAAGGCCUGCAGUGUGACCACUGCAAGAAACGGUUCGUCAACCGAACCACGCUGGCAACACAUUUAAGACUGCACGAGGGUCCGCUGCCGAAGGAGGAAUGUCCGAUCUGCCACAAGAUGGUGCGCGUGAUACAACUCAAGUACCACAUACAGAGACACGAGAACAAGAGCAGAUAUGAGUGUGUCGACUGCAAGAAGAUAUUCUCGCACCUGGCAACGUAUCAGGCGCACUUGAAGUACUCAAGAGCGCACGCCUCGGAUCAAGUCUUCAAAUUCCCAUGUCCCAUGUGCAAUAAGGGGUACCCGACCAAAGAGGCGAUGCAGGACCACUUCAACUACCAGCACCUAGGGAAGACUGCUCACAAAUGCCCCGUCUGCGAUAAGCCAAUAGCGUCUCGCGCCAACGUCGAGAAACACAUGAUGCGGGUCCACAGCGAAAAGAAGGAGAAACCGAGAAACCACGUCUGUCAGAUAUGCAGGAAGGCUUUCACUGACAAAAAGGCAUUAAACCAACACGAAGUGAUCCACUCUGGCGCUCGCCCGCUAACCUGCGACUUGUGUCAGCAGAGCUUCAAGCAGAAAGCGUCCCUAUACACGCACCGCAAGCGAGUCCAUAAGGUCUUCCCCGCCAAAAAACAGGUCGAAUUCAUGGCCAAAGACCAGUAGGACCUC